CCUAUGCCCAUCUGAGCUCCCCAGCUGGGACCUGGGCAAGGAGGCGCUGCGCGCUGGUCCUUUUCCGCCACCUUCUGCCGGUGCGGAGCGACCGAGUGAGCUGCUGCGAGAUGUGCAAAGAGAGGCAGUUCAGUUCAGUCUGAAAGGGUGUUGAUCCUGCAGUGCGCGCCAGCGGACUCCACUCUGGUGGGAACCCUUUUCUGAGGCGGCGGGGCUGAUUUUGCCCUCUUUCAGACUUCGGUAGCCCUCGUGGUACAACUAUUGUCCGUUGGACAUCCGUGGGCGAUCUUAUUUCAUUCACUCUUCCCCACCCCACCUUUGGGAAGGAGAGGUGGGAUUCAGCGAUCAGAUCUUGCAAAGAUAAGGCGCCUGGUUUCCAAGCGCUGGGGCGCUGGGAUCCGGUUCUGCAGGGGAGAUUCAGGGAGAGAAUAAACUCCUCUGUCUGCCUUUCAGAGAGUGGAGCCUCGCCUUUGGAUCCCGACCAGGAAGGAGGCAGAAUAAAAGGAAGCCGUUUAAAGGCAGGAGGAGGGAAAAUCCCGAGGUGCUUUGAAGAAUAACUUGACCACUCUCUUGUUUGUGGCAGGGUCACUUGAUUGGAAUGGCUGAUAAUCCUGGUCACAGAUGCUUGGUAUUUCUGUGGAUGAAGAAUCGUUGGAUAUUCAAGGCUUGCAAUUAAUAUUAAGCAUUGCAAAAGUUAGAAGAAUACAUAAAAUGGAUCUGACUAACUUAUCUAUAGCCAAGAAAGACGUAUUUCUCCAGAAAAGACCUGCAAUGGAUAAAAAAAGCAGUGGUUAUUUCUUAUUGAUUAUUCUACUAAUUAGGAUGGCUCCAAGUUUCCCCACUACUGUAAGUUACGCCAAUCCUACUUUAGAGUCUAUGGAAUAUUCAGUGAUACGCCAGAAAAUAAUAGAUUCACAGUUCAAGUGCUAUGAAAGGAUGAACAGAGCACUUCCUUACAAGAAAAAAGGAUUAUACUGUAACCGGACCUGGGAUGGAUGGCUGUGUUGGGAUGAUACACCAGCUGGAGAAUAUGCUGACCAGAAUUGUCCCGAUUAUUUUCAAGACUUUGAUCCAACUGAAAUAACAACAAAAUAUUGUGAUAAGACAGGAACAUGGUUUCGGCAUCCUGAAACCAACCGAACCUGGUCCAACUACACCCGGUGCAAUUCUUUUACAAAUGAAAAGCGUAAGAUGGUUUUCAUAGUUUAUUACAUGACUAUAGUAGGACAUGUACUGUCUAUGGUUUCCCUGUUGAUUUCCUUGGGAAUUUUCUUCCAUUUCAAGAGCCUCAGCUGUCAAAGGAUAACACUGCAUAAGAAUCUCUUUUGUUCAUAUGUUCUUAACUCUGUGUUUACACUUGCCCACCUCAUUGCAGUGGUGCCUGAUAGAGAUCUGGUCAAAAAAGAUCCAGUAAGCUGCAAAGUGCUUCAGUUUUUUCACCAAUAUACAAUGGGCUGUAACUACUUCUGGAUGCUUUGUGAAGGAAUAUAUCUUCAUACACUGAUUGUGGUGGCAGUAUUUGCUGAAGAACAGCGCUUGCAUUGGUAUUACCUCCUGGGUUGGGGUUUUCCUUUAGUGCCGGCAUCAAUUCAUGCUGUGGCCAGAGCCAGAUAUUUCAAUGAUAACUGUUGGAUUAGUGUUGACACAUAUUUGCUGUACAUUGUUCAUGGGCCUGUAAUGGCAGCUUUAUUGGUCAAUUUUUUCUUUUUGCUCAACAUUGUACGAGUUCUGGUAACAAAACUGAGAGAUACACAUCGGGCUGAAUCCAACAUGUAUAUGAAAGCUGUCAGAGCCACUUUAAUUCUUGUGCCCUUAUUAGGUAUUCAGUUUGUCAUUUUUCCUUGGAGACCAGAAAAUAAACUUGCUGGAGAAAUAUAUGAUUACAUCAUGCAUAUUUUAAUGCACUAUCAGGGCUUACUUGUGGCAACUAUUUUCUGUUUCUUCAAUGGAGAGAUGAGGCUGUGGAGAACUUAUCAAGGUCUAGUGGCUUUGAAGGUCUGGAUUGGUUGAAACAUUCUGAAGUUGAAUUCAAGAAAAACAGAUUUGGAAUUUGUCGAUCAUGACUCUCUGCCAGCUCCAAAAUUUCUCCCCAUGGGAGUGACACUAUCUAUGAUUGAUUUGGGAUAUGUGAUUUGGUGAUUCUCCUGGAUUCAUGGCUGCUGAUGGACCAGUAGAAACAGAUAUGACUUUUACAUAUAUCUAGAACCUGCAGAUCCUGAUAUAGUAAAUCAUGUCCUCACUAAAUCACUAUAGUAAAUCACUGUGCAUUUAGAUUGCAGUAACAUGUUCUGUGUGGGGCUGUUUAGAUCAAAAUACAAGGGGAGAAGGAAUAUGACAACCCACUUGCUAGCAGGCUUCCAGAAAUAUAUAGCACUGGUAUUGUGGACAAUGCAUUGGCUCUCAAUAAUUUCACAGAUACAAUUCAAAAUUCUGGGUUUGAUCUAUAAAUUCCUAAACCAUACUAAAAGAGACUAUUGAUUGUCCUAAUUUCAUAAUUUGAGUGAGGAUAAAUCUGGAGUUGUUUUUGAUCAGAAGUGGAAAAAUAGCUCCCCUUGGGCCCAGCCUUCCUAUGGAAAGCCACCCCUUGCUUGUUAAAUUAUCCCCUUUAAUAUCAUUCCAGUAGAUGACAAAAGAAGAGCACUGCCAGAGACACCAUUGAUUGUUUCUGUUGUUAUAAUUUUUUUUUUUUUUGUUGGCUUGAUAAUGUUCUAACAAAUUGUUGUUUAAAUUUAAUUUAGCUUUAAUUUAAUUUUAUUUGAUAUGGAUUUUAAUUAACUGUGAAAGCACUGUGAGUUCUAGGUAAAUAAGCACAAUAAAUUAAUAAUGUCUCAAGGUCUUUUUGCAAUUCUAGUAUUCUAGCAAUUUGAAUAUAGAAGAAAUUAAAGGCAUGAGGAUCAUGUCAGUUUAUUUUUAAGUCUGUCUCUUGAUCCCUAGCAUCUUUGCCUUUUGCUCUUAUAAACAAAAAUGGAAAAAGUCUGGUUUUUGACCAGAAGAAAAGUAUACAUAGCACUGAAGCUAUCUCAACAUCGUAGGCAGGCUUUCUGUCCCAGUGGUUCCUGGGAGUGGAGGCAGCCCUUUCGGACUGGGCAGUCCUGGGAUUGGUUCAGAGGCUUGCGAUCUUUUCUCCCCAGGCAGAAUCACCAACAGGACUGCCAGAACAUUGCAGCCAAGGGCCAGCUCCAGUCUAAGCGUCCCUUCAGGGGCUCUGGGAGCCGUACCUAUAGGCGGUCCAAGUGACACCAUGGAGGACUCUCCCAUAGGGGGUCGCUUGGCACUGUUCAGUGACGUUUGGGAGGUCACCACCACUGCUCUUGGGUCAGGGAGACCACAAAACAUAGGCUCACCUUAGAGUUUUAUUCACCUCUUCCAGAUCGCUUCAUCCAGUGCCCAGUAUCUCAAAACACAACCAAAGCAAAAUUAGUAGCCACGGCCAUUUCCCAUUGGUAGAAAUCAGGGCAAUAGAGCCCAUACCAUGGGAACAGGAAGGAGAGGAGGUUUCCUCCAUCCUGUUCAUGGUCCCCAAAACCUCAGGGGGAAGGAGGGCGAUAGUGGACUUAAGGGGUCUAAACCAUUUUGUGACACACAGAAAGUUCAGGAUGCAGCCCCUGAAGUCCAUCCUGGCCAGCAUCAGGAAAGGGGACUUUCUCUUCUCCAUAGACAGAGGCACACCGGCACAUACUGAUACUUCCAAACCAUCGCAGGUUCCUUCGGGUUUGUUACGUGCGCCGGCAUUACCAAUACAGAGCUUUUCCCUUUGGUCUUCAAAGGGUCUUCACUAAAGUUUCUGGCAGUAUUGGUGGCCCACCUCAGGAUGAUGCCGGUGUGCGUACAAUGUUACCUGGACGAUAUCUUAGUACAGUCCAGUUCCUUCCAGUCGGCUCUGUCAGAGCUGGUAAUCACGAUUCAUACCCUUCAGGUCCACCAGUUCUUCAUGAACUUCAAAAAGAGCCACACGAUCUCCACAAAGCGCCUCCUCCAUCUAGGGGCGCUUAUAGAUUCGGACCUUUGCAGGUUUAUCUUUCUCAGGAGCAUCGGAUCAGCAUCCGAAAGCUCGUGCACCAGGUUCGGAGAGAGAGAAGAGUGACUUUGGUCUAGCUGUCUCAGCUCUUGGGAAAGAUGGUUUCUCGCAUGGUGUUCGUUCCAUGGGCCAGACUUCACUCCAGAAGUCUCCUAUGGUUUCUCCUUCGUUUCCAGAAGCGGAACCUCAGUUUGUUUACCUGAAAGGUCAGGAUUCCUCAUCACACUCUAUUGCCUCUCCUUUGGUGGGCGUCAUCCACAAUGUCCAAGGGGACCAAUUUCAGGGAGCACUCAGGCUUACCUUGACUACAGACGCCAGUCUGUUUGGUUGGCGUGUCCAUCUUCAGACUCAUCUUGCUCAGGGACAGUGGUCCCGAUCGGAUCUAGUCCACAACAUAAAUUGGCUCGAACUCAGAGCCAUUCACUUAGCUCUCCGUCGGUUUUUCCUCCCUAGUGCUGGGACAGCACGUCCUGGUUCUGACAGACAAUGUGGCAGCCAAGGCUCACGUCAACAAACAGGGAGGGACCCAGUCCUGGUCACUCAUGCAGGAGGCCUUGGAGCUGGGUCUAUGGGCAGAGUCCAUUCUGGGUUCCAUCAGGGCGGAACAUAUAUUGGGGGAAGCGAAUCAGCAAGCAGAUUCCCUGAGCAGGGUCACAGUAGACCAGUCAGAGUGGCGACUGGACCCGGCAGGGACAUCUUGGUCAGGUUUGGCCAGCCACAUCUGGAUCUCCUUGCCUCUCUGAUGAAUGCCCAACUUCCCAGAUCCUUCUCCAGGUUUCCGACAAAGGGGGCAGAGGGAACGGAUGCCCUCCGGUGCAAGUGGCUGAGGAGUCUGCUCUAUGCCUUUUCUCCCCUCCUGUUGUUGCUGGCAACCAUUCGCAAACUGAUUCAGGAAGAGGCGGAGAUAAUAUUAAUUACUCCACAUUGGUUUGCUGACUUUGUGGAGCUAUCUCUCUCACCACCGUGGAGGAUUUCCCCAGACCGAGUGGCUCUCAGCCAAGGGAACCUUCAACAUCCAGAUCCACAGUGGCUCCAGUUGGCCGUUUGGCACUUGAGCAGGAAAGUUUAGCUAGGCAAUCCUAUUCGUCAGGGGUGAUCUCAAUGAUCUAAGCCACCCCUCGACCAAUAGGAUUUAUGACGCCACAUGGAAGAACUUCUGCAGGUGGUGCACUAAACAGCAGCUCAGGCAAUUAUCUGUAACCAUUCCUAACAUAUUGUAGUAUCUUUUGGAAGGUAUGAAUAAGGGGCUCUCACCUAAUACCAUCCGCAGACAGGUUGCGACCUUGCAAACGGUUCUUACCUGUGACAACCUGGUCCCCUUAUCACAUCAUCCAGCUGUAAGCGCCUUUCUGAAAGGAGCGGUUAACAUCAGAACACCUGGGGUCUGUCGUUAUCCCUCUUGGGACUUACCACUUAGCACUACAAGUGCUACAAGCCCUAACCUCUCCGCCGCUCGAACCCCUCGGGUCUUGUUCUCUUCAUUUCCUUUCCUUAAAGGUAGUAUUCUUGGUGGUUAUUACAUCAGCCAGACGGAUUUUGGAAUUGGCCGCACUCGCAGUUUGGAGUGACUUGUGUACAUUUUUUUGAGGAUAGGAUGGUCCUUCGUUUGGACCCUUCCUUUGUUCCAAAGGUUAAUACUUGGUUCCAUAGGUCACAGGUCAUAGUUCUUCCAGAUUUUUUGUCCUAAUCCUUUGCAUCGUCUGGAGAGACAAUGGCAUAAGUUAGAUGUGCGCAGGGCUCUGCGUCAUUAUGUUAAGCGGACCUCGGCUUUCCGUAAAUUGGAGGCCUUGUUCGUGUCCUUUCGGCCCUCUGCCAUGGGUCAGAAAGUGUCCUUCAGCCAUUGGUAGAUGGAUCAGGGCAUACAUUGCUAGGACCUACCUUUCUCAGUCACUUCUGGUUCCUAUACAUAUCACUGCUCAUUCGACGAAAAGCACAGCUGCGCCUGCAUCCUGGUCCACCCAGGCAUCGAUCGAGGAGAGUUGUAGGGCAGCGACCUGGUCCUCCACUUCUUCCUUUGUGCAACACUACAAGAUUGAUAGGUUUGCUGCGGCGGAUGCCUCGUUGGGUAGGAGAGUUCUGCAGCAAGUAGUUUCUUCUCAGGACACACAAGCCUAGACUUCCCUCCCCGUAGGGACAUGAAGGAGCUUUGGUAUGUCCCACCGGUGGAUUCUACAUUCAUCAUGAUGGAGAAGGGCGUUGUCUUACCUGAACGCCUUUUCUCAGCAUGAUGAUGUAGAACCCACACCCUCCCUUAAGGCAGUUUAGGCAGAUGUCAUGUUAAUUGGAGCCAUUGUGUCAGACUUCGUCUUGGAUGCUUCGCCUCGUCAAAAACUGGAGGACACUCCCAGAGGGAGGCAUGGCUAAAGUUCUGACUUAGUCUAUUCUGAGCAGGAAGGCUGAUAAUACCCACCGGUGGAUUCUACAUCAUUAUGCUGAGAAAAGGCGUUCAGGUAAGACAACGCCCCUUCCAAUUGCUGACAGGUGUGCCACUAAGGUUCUGACUGGACACCUGCAUGCUCUCAGGACACAAAGAUUCAUUCUUCAUUCUUCAUAGAGCGGUAUUGUGGAUUAAUUAAAUUUUUCUGGGUUCUGAUUUUAAGGUGAGUAUCCUGAGCUAUGGAGGCCUUUGAUCUUCUUCUUAAAUACAUAAUAAUAAAAUAAUGAGAACUAAAGGCUCAAAGGGAAGGCAGAUGAGAAAGAAUAAGACCUUUUGGGAUCUUCAAUUCCCUUCCUGUUAAAAGUUCCUUAAUAAGGUUUGCUCUUCCUUCCUAACAUAAAGGUGGUUUUUCCAGAAAAUAUGUGAAGAGCUGUAAUUAGUGAUUUAACUAUGUUUUCUUUUUGGCUGUGUUUUAAUUUAUAUAUCAUGUAUGUUUAAGAAAGGAGGAACUGCAGAGGUAGAAGUGGUCAAUAUGGAGGCUGCACUUUGCCCUCCAGAUCUUUGUCUCCCCUGCAGAUUCCUGGAGAGGAGGAGGGAGUGGCAGGGGAGCUGUGUGAGGGAAGGCUGUCCCCAACAAGCCAGUAUCCUUACCACAAUUGGAAAUGGGAAUUCCCUUUCGAGAAGGGCCAGCCUCCUUUGUGCAGAACCCAGGAAUGCUGCUCUCCUGCCACCUCCUCUUGCUCUCCAGAGAUCUGUCAAGACAGAAGUUGGACUCAGAGGAAACUGCUUCCUGCAAAUGUCCUCCACCUCCUGCUUUGCCGGGAGGGGGCACUGGACAGGGAAACACCAACGA